ACUACCGCUACCUCUGGUGCCUCUGGUGUGCUUAGCCGUUUCAUUGGUCUCAACUUUCUCGUUUUUGACACAUCAACUCUUAGCGUGUGUGUCGGUCCUCCCUCUCUCUCACACUUUCUCGCUCCUGCUCAGCCGUCAUCCACAAGCUCACACACAAUACAUACAUAUAUAUAUAUAUAUAUACACUAUAGUCCAGAGCCUAGAGUUUUAUAUACAUGUAGUACAGUGAGUAAGAUGGCGGAUGAUGAGUUUGUCGCGAUUUCAGAUCAAGAAAAAGUUAGAAUAGUAUCUGAUUUUAUUUUACAUUCGCCACCAGGUGAAUUUAAUGAAGUUUUUAACGAUGUAAGAGUAUUAUUGAAUAAUGAUAAUUUAUUAAAAGAGGGUGCAUCUGGGGCAUUUGCUCAAUACAAUAAGGACCAGCUUACGCCUGUUAAGAUCGAGGGAAGUGAUUACCCGGCGCUUAUUACGGAGUACAAUGAUUUGGGUAACCAGAGGUUUUAUGACGGGCGCAGUAAACUCAGUUUUAAGUAUGACCACCUACGAAAAGAGGCUACUGAUUACGAGCAGUAUGAACCGGAUGUCAAUGUCGAGGCUUGGAGAUCUGUGCUGCAGGAGGAAAUUAUGAAUUACACUCAGAGUCAUUAUAGACACGGAGUUUGUUCGGUCUUUGGUAAAAGUCAAGGAGGAAACAUAACGUUGACUGCAUGCAUAGAAGAUCACCAGUUCCAGCCUAAAAAUUUCUGGAACGGGCGUUGGCGUUCUGUUUGGAGUGUUAAUUUUAGUACAAGUUCCGGUUCAGCCGAAUUACGAGGUAGUCUUAAGGUGCAAGUUCACUAUUACGAAGACGGUAACGUACAAUUAGUGAGCAGUAAAGAGGUUAAAGAAAGUCUCCCGAUAUCAAAUGAGAAACAAACGGCCAAGGAAUUGAUUCGGUUGGUUGAGGAGUCGGAGAAUGAUUACCAAACGGCGAUAUCUGAAAAUUAUCAGACAAUGUCCGACACAACAUUCAAGGCUCUGCGGAGGCAACUGCCUGUUAUGCGAACUAAAAUUGACUGGAAUAAAAUUGUCUCGUACAGUAUUGGCAAAGAGCUUAAGAGUCAAUAGAAAUAGAUUUUUUUAUAUAAUUCAUAAGAGAAUUAAUUAUUAACAAACAACUAAAAUUUAAUAAUUAAUUAAUAGAUAAUAAUUAUAUGAUAAUUAAUGUUAAUAUUAAAAUUAAAGUAAUUGAAUUGGUAAAUAAUAAAUAUAUAUAUAUAAAACAAAAAAAAAAAAUUAAUGCAUUUUGCAGCGAAUAGUCUGGGGGUGUGAUGUGCAAGAAAGCAGAUGUAAAUCCAUUGAUAAUAUUAAUUAUUACGAGUAAUUAAUAAAACAAAUGCAUUUAAUUAUUAUUACUAUUUUUUUUUGUCAGUACCACUUUAAUAAUAUAAAUAUUAUAAAUAAGCAUUUAUUGUUAAAUUUAUAAACAAUAAUGCAGAUUAAUUAUAAAUUAUAAAUGAAUUUAAUAGACAAAAUGCAAUUAUAAUAAAUAAAGUUAUUUAAAAUUGCACAAUUAUUUGUGACUGUCAUUUAGCUAGCACAAUUAAAUUUUUAAUUGUAAAUUAUAUAUAAUUAAAAAUUGAAUUAAAUCAAUUCAACAAACUGAAAAAAUUAUAAUUAAUAUAAUUGUUAAUUAUAAUUUUUUAUAAAUUUUACAAUUUUUAUAAUGAGUAAAAAGUAUUUCGAAUAAAUAAUAACGAAGAUUAAUAAUUAAUGAUUUUUACUAUUUUUACAAAAUCGAUACGCGGAACAUAAUUAAUAAUAAAUUGUAAUUAAUUAAUUAAUUAGGUAAUUAAUUAUUAUAAUACAGUAAAUUUAUAAAGAAAAACAAAUUUUUGAAAUCUAUUAAUUGGAUGAUCGUUUUAUAUGAUAAUUAUAAUUUAUAUGUUGCGAUAAAAUAAAAGAUAUUUGCUUUAAUUAUCUUUGUUUAAAUGAUUAUUUUAUUUUAAAAAUAAUUAGUGCCAAGCGAAAGUAAUAAGAAUAAAUAUUAUGUCAUUUAGUGCUAACGCUUCGUCACAUUACACAACCAGACAAACGAAAAUACAAUUAUAAAUGAAAUAAAUAAGUGAAUGGAGUAAAAAAGGUCAAGUUAAAUUUAUGAAAAUGAAUAUAAUAACAACAAUAAUUAGAGAGAAAGGAAAGGUACAUAAUUACGCAUUGUAAAUUUUAGAUUGUAGCCUAUAGCCUGCUGGAGCCUUAUUUAUGCGUAAAGAGUAAUUGUGUAAAUACAAAUAUGUUAUUCUUGAAUGAAUUUUUUAUGAUUGUAUGAAUGCCUCCCUAGCAUUCGAUACUUAAAACAACUUUUUUUAUUUUUAAAUUACGUGUGGCUGCGUUUUUUUUUGUUUGAUAUUUACAACGUUAUUUUUUUUUUGCAUUUAUUUUUGUAUGACUAAAAAUAACAGAUUUUUUAUUUUUUGUUCAAAAAUUAAUUCAAAAUAUGAACGUUAGUUUUUUAAAAUUAAAAAUAAUAAAACUGUCGGUCUGUUACUUUCAUUGUCGUAUUUUUAUUGGUAAUCAUUCAGAAGUCAGGCUCUUAAUUAAAAAUUUUAAUCACGAUUAAAUAAAUAAAUUUAAAAACUCAUUUUAUUAAAUUUUGUAAAACCCAUACUCGGAAAUUAACAUUUCUGUUUUCACAAUUUUUACAAAUUAAUUUAUGAUAAAUUAAAAAUUUUAAUUUAAGUAAAGGAAUAAGAUUUAGAGCCUGACUUGUAAAUAAUUGCUGGUAUUUUAGUCAAUUAAUAAAUAAUGAGUUUAAUAAAAUUUAAAAAUAGUAGAAGGUAACUUGAAUGUAAAUAAAUGAAUAAAAAAAGUAAUAUACUUAUAUUUUUGUUUGAAUAUCAGAUAAAAUAAAGUAUAGAAUUAAAAUUACGUAUAAAUAUCAAAGGAAGUAUAUUUAAAAUAAUAGUUUUUCGAGUGUUAUUAAAUAUUAAACUCAACAAAUAGUUGCCUACGAUUAAAAGCAUAAUAGAUUACGAAAAAGUUUAAUAAAUAUAUCUUAUUAACUAUAUCACGUCGCAUGUCCUCAUGUAAAAAAGUAAACAAAUAUAUAAUAAUAAUAAUAAUAUUAAUAAUAAUGAAAUAAAUUACCAACUCUGUACUAUGGAAUGUUAUGAAUUAAUUGAGCGAAUAAAAGUUUCAUUACUGGCUCUGUACUUAUCACAA